ACGGUGUUGUGUAUUCUAGGCCCGCGCUCUGUUAGCAGUGCGGUACCUAUGUGUUCAUUUAAAUCCUUAGAAAUCGACUGUGGUCUCAAACUCCAUCAACAUGGCGAAAGUGUUGGAAGGACUUUUGGGUACUCACGUUAUUCGUGGACAUGGGGACAAAGCGGAGAAAGUGAGUGUGAGCUCGCUUUCUGAAAGGAAUUCCGUGGUUGGCCUGUAUUUUUCUGCACAGUGGUGUUCCCCAUGUAAGAGCUUCACACCAAUACUUCUUGAUUUUUAUGAAAGUUGGAAAUUGAAAAACGAGGAUGUUAAAUUUGAAAUUGUGUUCGUGAGUUGGGACAAAGAUGAGGUCAGAUACACGGAUUUUUUUUCAUCAAUGCCUUGGCUGGCACUUCCCUUUGACCCAGACAAUCUAAAUAAAAAGAGUAAACUGUUAAAGAAAGUCCGGGUACCGGGAAUUCCCAAGCUUGUCUUAUUAGACGGAGAAACAGGGAAAACAAUAACUACAGAUGGAUACACGCGCCUUACUGAUGAUCCUAAAGGUCUUGAGUUUCCAUGGCGAAAGAAGAAAUUCACAGAAGUUAUCAGUGGCAAACUUAUAAACAAUCGAAAGGAGGAAUGUGAUGCUUUAGAACAACUGAAAGGGAAAUUUGUGGGGAUCUACUUCUCUGCUCACUGGUGUCCUCCCUGUAGAGCGUUCACCCCAGAGUUGAUCAAGCGUUACGAUCAGUUGGAGUCUGAUGGAAAGCACAUUGAAGUGGUGUUUGUGUCAUCAGACCGCAGUGAAGAGUCCUUCAGUAGUUACCUAGAAACAAUGCCUUGGUGGGCCAUUCCCUUUGGAGAUAGUCGCACAGAGCAACUCAAGGACAUAUUUGGAGUUGACGGUAUUCCUACAUUUGUAAUUCUUGAUGGUGCUGGAGAUGUAGUGACUUUGAAUGGCCGAACAGCAGUCAACCUUGAUCGAGAAGGACGGGAAUUUCCCUGGUAUUCCAAGCCUCUGAACCCUUUAAAAGAAUUAGAAGCUGUUGCUCUAAAUGAGAGGCCUUCCCUGGUUCUCUUCACAGAAGGGGAGGAUGCAGAUAUAGAGAUGAGCAAGGAAGUUCUGGAGAGUCUCGCUCGUGAGGAACACCAGAAAGGCGAAGAUCAAGAACUCUACUUCUUUUAUGGAACAGAGAAUGAAUGUUGUGAUAAUGUGCGUGAUUUUGCCAACCUAGAGGACCGGUGUCCACUUCUGGUCAUCUUUGAUCUUCCUGACCAAAAAGUUUAUCUUAGUCCUGAGACGGUGAUCACAAAGGAAGUUGCAACAGACUUUGUCAGCCGAUACUUUGCUGGAACUUUGGAAGCCACUUCUCUCAGUUGAAGACGACCAUGUUCUUUCUGUGUCCUUCAAGUGUGCUUUAUUCUGACCAGUGAAGUUGAUAUACAUACAUAAAUAAAUGUGUUCUCCACAUACUAAACAUGACUGGACUUAACUCAGCACCAGACCAGUGCUAGAUACACUUUUGUGACCAGCGUUUGUGGAUAGACAGAAAUAUCAUAUUUCAUCGGUUCCACUUCUCUAUGUUACUGACUGUGGAUUGAAACAUGAUGCUAACACAUGAUGUGACUGCUUUGCUGUCUAUAUACUGUAGGAUGUCUUUUGGUUGGUGAUCUUUGCUGCUUCAUCUUUAAUCUCAUAUUUAAUCUAUAUAAUGGUUUAGAUGCUGUGAUGAUAAAUAGACAAUUCACUGAAGUAUAAUCUAGACCAACGAUUAUUAAAGUCCAUGGGAAAGAUCAAAUUCUGUUCUCAAUUAUUCUUUGUAGAUCAACUGUAAAUUUUCAUGGGGAAUUUAUUCUUGUUUGUCUGGGCACUCUAAAUCCAGGAAUGUAUAUAUCCGUGAUAAAGAUAUGCAGAUAAAUGCUGACAUUGAAGUAACAUGGGAUAAUGUUAGGAAGAUUUACUCACAAAAUCAAUUGCCAAUGAAAUGCAUAUUUUUGGAAAAACAUGAAAUUUCAGCAUCCCAGAAAUGUAUGAUUUUUUUGUAACCUGUUCCUUAAUUUAACCCAUGAAGCUUGAUAUUGUUACGAAUACAAAAUUGUUUUGCUUGGUGUCAUCUUUGAUAUUGAUGUUUUGAAAUAAAUGACAGCAAAUCAAUGAAAUAUUUAAAGAUUUUUAUGAUGAUAUGGGCUGUCCUGGUGAUAAUAGCAACUGUAUGAUAUUGUGAUGAAACAAGAUGUUAUGUGAAGUCUGUUUAGUCAUGUUUAUUUGAGGUUUAAUGGAGGAGCCUAGCUGGAGAAAUUUAGCAGAGGGAAACCUGGUGGGAAAAGUUUAGUAGAAACGACCAAAGUGGAAGGAGUUUAGUGGAGGGCAGGGUAAUGGAAGGAGAUUAGUGGAGGAGAGGGUAGUGGAAGGAGUUUAGUGGAGGAGAGGGUAGUGGAAGGAGUUUAGUGGAGGAGAGGGUAGUGGAAGGAGUUUAGUGGAGGAGAGGGUAGUGGAAGGAGUUAGUGGAGGAGAGGGUAGUGGAAGGAGUUUGGUGGAAGAAGUUUAGUGGAGGAGAUGGUAGUGGAAGAAGUUUAGUGGAAGGAGUUUAGUGGAGGAGAAGGUAGUGUAAGGAGUUUAGUGGAAGAAGUUUAGUGGAGGAGAAGGUAGUUGACUAAUAGUUGCUACUCUGUAUAGUACAAAAUUAGUAGUUAAUGAUAAGACAAGUUUUUUUUAUAAACAAUAGAUUACUGGUUUGUCAUUCCAAAGAAAUACUGAUGCAUUGUUGUGCACUUCUCUGUGUCCCAUCCCCAACCCCCAAGGAGUUACCUCCCUUUGUAUAACCUGGUUUGUCCAAACAUUAAUUGUUGCUUGAAGUGUAUUAUCAUAUGUAAUAAUAAUAGAAUAUAGACACAUAAGUUUUACAUAGGCUUUAUAUUACAUGAUGCAGACUGUUUUCAGCCAUGGAUGACAAAGAUUAAUAUUCUGAUGUUUAUAAUAUCUGUCUACUGUAUCAAUACAACUAAAUAUAAUUAAGCAGUCAAUCAAUGGAAAAGAUUAUAUAACAUAAAUUUAAUUGUAUGAUUGAAAACGAAAUUUGUGUUAAAAAAGGGUAAUGGAGUGAUGUUUCUCACAAGUGAACAACAUACAUUACAAGGAUUUGUCUUGUAGUAUGUGUGUAUGUGAUAAAGUUGCUAAAAUUCUACUCCCAGGAAUGAUGAGUAAAGGGAGGUAAAUCUUAUCCAGGCCAUGUUAACGUGGCUCAUCAUAACCAUGCAGCUUUUAGUUUAAGUGCAGGAUGUCUUGAACUACAGACAGCUUUGUUUGUUAUACUCAUGUAUAAACUGAAUGAUAUUAAUUGUAAUAACGAGGCCUUUUAACUACAGCUGUUAUUAUGGACACUACUGUAUAAUGGAUAUGUUUCAUAGAUUAGAAGGUAGAGUGGAUUUAAUAAAAAAAUGUUUAAAAACAUACUUAUACAUCCACGUAGGUAUUUAAACCUGUUUUUAAAACUGGUAUUACGCAUAUUAAACUUGUACAAAUGUG